CAUUCAUCAGUCUUCUUCACCCUUUUGCCUCACUCAAUAACAGAGAAGGGUUUUGAGCUAUAGAGAAAGACUUUACAUUUUCAUUAUCUUAACACUUGUGAUAGAUUGAUAUGGCUAGAAUCGACUCUGCCAAGAUCAAAUGGUUCACAUUUAUUACUGUAAUUCUCAUACCUGCCAUUUCUGAUCUAUCCUAUGCUCAACCACAAGAAGACGGUCUUGUAAUCAAUGGUGACUUUGAAACUGUUCCAACAGGAGGUUUUGCAAGAGAUGGUGUAUUACCCGAUGGUCCAAUUUCAAUACCCGGUUGGAAAUUAACCGGCACGGUUGAGCUAGUUGAAUCCGGGGAGAAACAGGGUGGAAUGAUCUUGAUAGUUCCUCAGGGUCUUCAUGCAGUUAGGUUAGGUAACGAUGCUGAAAUUAGUCAGGAUGUGAAGGUGGAGAAAGGUGCUCUUUAUUCCAUCACUUUUAGUGCAGCCCGAACCUGUGCCCAGCUUGAAUCGUUGAAUGUUUCGGUUCCACCAGCUUCGGUUACCAUUGAUUUGCAAACCCUUUAUAAUAUUCAGGGUUGGGAUGCUUAUGCCUCAGCUUUUCAAGCUGAGGAAGACAAUGUGCAGGUUGUGUUUAAAAACCCGGGAAUGGAGGAUGACCCGACUUGUGGCCCGAUCAUUGAUGAUAUCGCCAUUAAAAAACUCUUCACACCCGACAAACCUAAAGAUAAUGCUGUUCUUAACGGGGACUUUGAAGAAGGUCCAUGGAUGUUUAGAAAUGAGUCACUUGGUGUUCUCCUACCAACAAACCUAGAUGAACAAACCUCGUCUCUGCCCGGUUGGAUUGUGGAAUCGAACAGGGCAGUUCGAUACAUAGACUCUUAUCAUUACUCGGUUCCUCAAGGGAAACGGGCAAUUGAGUUACUAUCGGGUAAAGAAGGGAUAAUAUCUCAAAUGGUGGAGACUAGUCCUAACAAAGAGUAUAGGCUUUCGUUUGCUGUGGGACAUGCCGGGGACUCGUGUAAACAACCGCUUGCGAUCAUGGCCUUUGCGGGUGAUCAGGCUCAGAAUGUUCAUUACACACCAAAUGCCAAUUCUACAUUCCAAAUUGAGUCCGUUAACUUUACGGCUAAGGCGGAGAGAACACGGGUGGCGUUCUAUAGUAUUUAUUAUAACACGAGGAGCGACGAUAUGAGCUCGUUGUGUGGGCCGGUGAUUGACGAUGUUAGGGUUGUGUUGUCGAGAUCGGUUGUUUCGAAUGAAGUUGGAAGGGUAGUUGUUAUGGUAUGUUUAUGUCUUUUGUUGGUGGUGUUGGGUUAAUUAAGAAACUAUGAGAUGUUGUUUCUUCUUUCCUUUUUGUUUGGCAUUAAGAAAUGAGUUUGUAUAAUAUGUAUGGGUUAAUGAUCAAAUGUGUCAUCAACUUCUUUAAAUGUUUUUUGAGUUAUUAUUAUAAUUGAGGUAAGAUUCUAUUGGCA